AUGAACAUCCAAAGCAUCAUCAUCUUACUCGCAUCCCUAACAGCACUAACAUCAGCAAUCCUUCCUGGAAUUGACAAGACUCGAGCAUUCUCCGAUCGCGAUCUCGUCAUUUUAAUCAAACGAAAGUACGAGAACCUCCCAGACUAUUACCUUGAUGACGACUACUACAAGACAGACAUCGAGUUCCUUAGAAGUUCUAGCCAAAACUGUGUUUUUAACAAGCUUAACCUAAUUGAUGUUGAUGAUGUGACAAUGGAUGAGCUGAAGAACUUUGAUCCAAUAACAGCUAUUGGCGAUGAGCAGGAAGAUGUCAAUACUAUGGUGAUCUAUGUCAUGUAUUCAUGCAUUGAGGAUGCUAAUAAAUUUAUUGACCAUGAUUUUGCCAACUUUGUUAAGAAGCCACGACAUCCAAUACCUCAAAACUCUACAGAAUGUGCCAAAUUUGAACUUACAAAGCUCAACAAGAAUAAGCCAUUAAUCGACAGCUUUCCAAGCCUUAAAAAUUUCACUAAAAAGCAGUGUAAUAAAAUCCUCAAAGACCUUAAAACAGUCAAUAAGAGCAAUGACGAUGAUUUUCGUGGAUGCUUGAAAAUUUAUGACAAUUCAUCGCUGGAAUAUGAACUAAAGUUUGCGAUAAUGAAUCAUGAGAUGCCAAAUGAGAAGACUUACAAUGAGGAGAAGGAGAAAUAUGGAAGAGAAUCGACAAUUGUGAAUAAUGAGUUUGUUGAUUGCAUGAUUAAGAGAAUUUUGUAG